GGAAACAAUCGGAUGACCCAAAUGACGCUACUUCCGCUAUGUAAGACCUUUUUUUUUCACGUGUUUGGCGAACUUCUGUUUACAGUAUUUAGGGGAUUUGCAGAUUAGUCAGGUCAAGAACAUUUUUGACACAGAAUAAAUAAACUGUAGCCAUGCCGAAAGCGAAAAAAUCCAAAGGAGGAGGUGAGAAGCGAGGUGAGUCCGACACGCUACUUGACCAGAUGCUACAGGCCGACACGCUCCGAGGCAAAAGCCGAAUGAAGAGCAGGGACGAUCGGAUCGAGAGCGAGGACAAGUACGUGGACGAGCGUCUGUCCAGGAAGAUCUUGAAACAAGCCAGGAUCCAGCAAGAGGAACUUCAGUGCGAAUAUGGCCUGGCGCCGGAGAAGAAGAAAGCACCCGUCACUUUUCUCGGUCCCUCAUCUCAAGAUGGAGAUUCAGAUGAGGAGUGGCCAGCGUUGGGAGCAGUCGGUAGCGGGGACGCCGACACCGUUUAUGACACUCAAGUUGUGGUCGACCCCGACGACGAGAAAGCCAUUGAGAUGUUCAUGAAUAAGAACCCGCCAAUGAGGCGGACCCUUGCCGAUAUCAUCAUGGAGAAGAUAACGGAGAAACAGACUGAAGUGGGAACGGUGAUGUCGGAAGUGUCCGGCUGUCCAAUGCAGCAACUCGACCCAAGGAUUGUAGAAGUCUACAGAGGUGUCAAAAAGGUCCUGUCAAAAUAUCGCAGUGGAAAAUUGCCAAAGGCGUUUAAGAUAAUCCCAGCGCUUUCAAACUGGGAGCAGGUCCUCUACUUGACUGAGCCCGAGACCUGGACGGCGGCUGCCAUGUAUCAAGCGACGAGAAUCUUCUCAUCCAAUCUGAAAGAGCGAAUGGCGCAGAGAUUUUACAACUUGGUGUUGCUGCCCAGAGUUCGCGAUGACAUUGCCGAGUACAAGAGACUUAACUUUCAUCUUUAUAGUGCUCUGAAGAAGGCCCUGUUUAAACCGGGGGCCUGGUUUAAAGGUAUCCUGAUACCUCUUUGCGAAUCUGGGACAUGCACCCUCAGAGAGGCCAUCAUCAUCGGAAGCAUCCUUACAAAGUGUUCCCUUCCCGUGCUCCACUCCAGCGCCACGAUGCUUAAGUUGGCAGAGAUGGAGUACAACGGCGCCAACAGCAUUUUCCUGCGUCUGUUUCUCGACAAGAAAUACGCCCUGCCUUUCCGUGUGCUGGAUGCCUUGGUGGCUCACUUCCUGUCCUUCCGCAGCGAGAAGCGAGCGCUUCCCGUGCUCUGGCACCAGAGUCUACUCACGCUGGCUCAGCGGUACAAGGCCGACCUGGCCUCCGAGCAGAAGGCGGCGCUGAUGGAGCUGCUCAAGAUACAAAACCACCCUCAGAUCUCAGCGGAGAUUCGCAGAGAACUGCUGAACUCGGAGUCGCGGGAUAUCGAAAUCGGGAUCCCGGUUACAAUUGACAUGGACUGAAAACUCUUUGUUUCCCCCGUGUGCUCAUUUUCUGAGUUUAAAAAAAGAAAAGCACCCAAAGUGCUAAAAUAACAAAUUUCCCCCCAGUUGUCAGGGCUGUAGGGAAAUGCCGUAAAUCUGCGCACGUUUGAUGAAUACAUUUUGAAGCCGCAAUUUGCAUUAAAAACGGAUUGAAUCACGACAUGUCACAGGUGGAGAUCACUUCUUUCUCUCCCGAGGACUUCUCGACUACAAUUCGCACUCAGGUCGACACCCGUGGACAAUUUGCAGUCUCCGCUGAAGUCGACGUGCGCGUUUGUGGAACGUGAGAGCACGGCGACCAUGGGAACGGCAUCAUAACUCCACAGGGGGGAGACCAGAGAUGAGAGUCGAAGCCUGGACCGAAAAUCUGUGAGCCAGAUGCACUAACCACUUGUCACUGUUCUGAAAAUUAAAAUGAGCGUAUAUUUUUUGCCUUCAUGCUAAA